CAGCGCCAACCACUUCCCUUCCCCCGCCGCUGCCGCUGCCGCCCUCCCUCUGCUGUCACACUCCUGCCUCCCCGUGCUGCCGCUUCGCCUGGCUCACUCCCGAGCCCGCCCCUGCUGGCAUGUGGCGAGGCAAUGAGGAUCUAGUGGAGCCAGGCCUGAAAAGAAGCCGGGGAGUGCUGCCUCCAUGGAGACAAUGAAACUCAUCAUUCUUGAGAACUAUGCGCAAGCCAGUGAGUGGGCUGCAAAAUACAUUAGGAAUCAAAUUAUCCAGUUUAACCCUGGCUCGGACAAAUACUUCACUCUUGGACUUCCCACAGGAAGCACUCCUUUAGGAUGUUACAAAAAGCUGAUUGAAUAUUACAAGAAUGGAGACUUGUCCUUCAAAUAUGUGAAAACCUUUAAUAUGGAUGAAUAUGUAGGUCUCCCAAGGGAUCACCUGGAAAGUUAUCACUCCUUCAUGUGGAAUAACUUUUUCAAGCACAUUGACAUCUCUCCAGAAAACACCCGUAUUCUGGAUGGAAAUGCAGCUGACCUACAGGCGGAGUGUGAUGCUUUUGAGGGGAAAAUCAAAGCAGCUGGUGGAAUCGAACUCUUUGUUGGAGGUAUUGGCCCAGAUGGUCAUAUUGCCUUCAACGAGCCCGGCUCAAGUCUGGUGUCCAGAACUAGAGUGAAGACGUUGGCUAUGGACACCAUCUUGGCUAAUGCUAGAUUCUUUGAUGGCGACCUCUCCAAAGUCCCCACAAUGGCGCUCACAGUUGGAGUAGGCACAGUCAUGGAUGCUAGAGAGGUUAUGAUCCUAAUCACAGGAGCCCAUAAAGCAUUUGCUUUGUACAAAGCCAUUGAGGAAGGAGUAAACCACAUGUGGACAGUAUCUGCCUUUCAGCAGCAUCCCAGCACUGUCUUUGUGUGUGAUGAGGAUGCCACCCUAGAACUCAAAGUUAAAACAGUGAAAUACUUUAAAGCACUAAACAGACCUAAACCACUAGAAGAGGAGGGAAUUGGUCUCUUCUGUUUGUGGCAACAGCAUCCAAAUGGUUGUGUAAGCAGCCUGCAGUGUGACGUGUUACCACUCAUCAUAUGACGGCAAACAAACUUGACGUAAGCAGAAAAGAUUCAUUUCUGGUUUCUUCAGUGUUAGGUGAUACAGAACAUAAUUAGUCUUCAUCUUCAGCAUCAACAUUCAUAGCUUGAAACAACCUGUGAGACAGGCAAGAAUCUGUAUUAGGAAUCACUGAACAGCAACUUGAAUUUGAAACUAUGAUUUGAACUUUGCAGCUUCUUUAUUUUUGUCAUUUCAUUGAAAUGCAUGUAUUGCAACAGCCAAAGUUGAGUCAAAUAAAAUAUUUUGCAUUUCUAUACAAACAACAAUGCCUAGUACAAUGGUGUCCUGGUCCAUGACUAGGGCUCCUAGGCACUAUAGUAAUAAAAAUAAAUGAUAAUUAAGCCUCUAAA